GCGGCCGGGCUUCCGCGGCUCCGCCACAGCCAUGUCACAGUUGGAAACAAGAGGCACCGAGGAUGAAGAAUCAACUGGAAUAUAUGGACAUAUUGGAAGUGCAGAAUCUGUGUGGCCACAAGUGGAAGGUCUUCACCAGGAUCCUGUGCAGGAAGCUAAGGUUGGUGAAACUUGCGGCUGGGGUAGCGAAGUAGAGAAUCCAUUGGAAAAACUCGAGGAGAAAAGAAUGAAGGAUGACAAAAGUGACAGCAGGGAAAAGAUUGCCAAAGUGAAGAAUACAGUAAAUAUAAAGACAGAACAUGAAGAUGAGGUGUCUGAGAAAAGCUUAUAUCUGAGCUCGAAGCACGGUGUGUCCCAGACUCUCCUUGUAGAACAGAAAAGUGGUGACCAGGGCAAAUGUGUGGGCAGUGUGAAUGGAAGUUCUCACCCCAGUCUUCAGCAGGAAAACAGGGCUGUUAAGAAGUCACAUAAAUGUGAUGAAUGUGGAAAAUCCUUCAAGUAUAAUUCCCGCCUUGUUCAGCAUAAAAUCAUGCACACUGGGGAGAAACGCUACGAGUGUGAUGACUGCGGUGGAAAUUUUAGGAGCAGCUCAAGCCUUCGCGUCCAUAAGCGGAUCCAUACUGGGGAGAAACCGUACAAGUGUGAGGAGUGUGGGAAAGCCUAUAUGUCGUACUCCAGCCUUAUAAACCAUAAAAGCACUCAUUCUGGGGAGAAGAAUUGUAAGUGUGACGAGUGCGGAAAGUCCUUCAACUACAGCUCUGUUUUAGACCAGCAUAAAAGGAUCCACACUGGGGAGAAGCCCUAUGAAUGUGGUGAGUGUGGGAAGGCCUUCAGAAAUAGCUCUGGUCUCAGAGUCCACAAAAGGAUCCACACAGGGGAGAAGCCCUAUGAAUGCGACAUCUGUGGGAAAACCUUUAGCAACAGCUCUGGUCUCAGAGUCCACAAGAGGAUCCACACAGGGGAGAAGCCCUAUGAGUGUGAUGAGUGUGGGAAGGCCUUCAUUACUUGCAGAACUCUUCUUAACCAUAAAAGCAUCCACUUUGGAGAUAAACCUUAUAAAUGUGACGAAUGUGAAAAGUCAUUUAAUUACAGCUCUCUCCUCAUUCAGCAUAAAGUCAUCCACACUGGAGAGAAGCCGUAUGAAUGUGACGAAUGUGGGAAGGCCUUCAGAAAUAGCUCGGGCCUUAUAGUGCACAAGCGGAUCCAUACUGGCGAGAAACCUUACAAAUGUGACGUCUGUGGCAAAGCAUUCAGCUAUAGCUCAGGCCUCGCAGUACAUAAAAGCAUUCAUCCUGGGAAGAAAGCCCAUGAGUGUAAGGACUGUGGAAAGUCCUUCAGCUAUAACUCACUUCUUCUGCAGCAUAAGACCAUUCAUACCGGAGAGAGACCUUAUGUAUGUGAUGUAUGUGGGAAGACUUUCAGAAACAAUUCAGGCAUGAAAGUUCACAGGAGGCUCCACACUGGGGAGAAGCCCUAUGAGUGUGAGGUGUGUGGGAAAGCUUAUAUCUCACGCUCUAGCCUUAAAAACCACAAAGGAAUUCAUCUUGGGGAGAAGCCCUUUAAAUGUCCCUAUUGUGAGAAAUCCUUCAAUUACCACUCUGCCCUGGAACAGCAUAAAAGGAUUCAUACUAGGGAGAAACCCUUUGGGUGUGACGAGUGUGGAAAAGCCUUCAGAAACAAUUCUGGUCUUAAAGUACAUAAGCGGAUCCAUACUGGGGAGAGACCUUACAAAUGUGAAGAAUGUGGGAAAGCCUACAUUUCGCUCUCUAGCCUUAUCAAUCAUAAAAGCGUACACCCUGGGGAAAAGCCCUUUAAGUGCGAUGAGUGUGAAAAGGCCUUUAUAACGUACCGUACCCUGAUAAACCACAAAAAGACUCACCUUGGAGAGAAGCCCUACAAAUGCGAUGUGUGUGAAAAAUCCUUUAAUUACACCUCGCUUCUGUCCCAACACAGAAGGGUCCACACCAGAGAGAAGCCCUAUGAAUGCGACAGGUGUGAAAAGGUCUUCAGAAACAACUCCAGCCUUAAAGUGCAUAAAAGAAUCCAUACUGGGGAGAAGCCGUAUGAAUGUGAUGUGUGUGGAAAAGCCUAUAUCUCACACUCGAGCCUUAUCAACCAUAAAAGCACCCACCCUGGCAAGACACCCUACACUUGUGACGAAUGCGGCAAGGCUUUCUUCUCCAGCAGAACGCUACUAAGCCAUAAGAGAGUCCAUCUUGGGGAGAAACCCUUCAAAUGUGCCGAGUGUGGGAAGUCCUUCAGUUACAGCUCCCUUCUUUCGCAGCACAAAAGGAUCCACACCGGAGAGAAGCCUUAUGUAUGUGACAGGUGUGGGAAGGCGUUCAGGAACAGCUCUGGACUUACAGUGCAUAAAAGGAUCCACACAGGCGAAAAGCCCUACGCGUGUGAUGAGUGUGGGAAGGCUUACAUCUCGCACUCCAGUCUCAUCAACCAUAAAAGCGUCCACCGUGGACAACAGCCCUAUAAUUGUGAGUGUGGCAAAUCUUUCAACUACAGGUCGGUCCUUGACCAGCACAAAAGAAUUCACACUGGAAAGAAACCAUAUCGGUGUAAUGAGUGUGGGAAGGCUUUCAAUAUCAGAUCGAAUCUUAGCAAGCACAAAAGAACCCAUAUUGAAGAAUACUUCAGCGUGACAAGUGUGGGAAAUCACAGUGGUACAUCACAGAUGAUAAUUCAUGAAGGAGGCACCACCCUGGAUGGGACCAGGAUUAGCAUGUCUGUUGUGCAGGCAGCAAUUUACCAAGUCACAGAGAACUCAAAUGGAAGAAAAAUCUUCGGAGUUUAAGAAAUCUCAGUUAUAUCUGUUUGUGAAGUAUAAUUUACUUAUUAUAAUGAAAGCCAUGAGUAUUCUUUGCUAUAGGACUUUUUCUUCAUAGCCAGUAAGGAACACUCCAGUAUCAAAAUAAUUAAACUCUUGUGAAAUGUAAAUCAGUUCAUAAUGGGGAUAAGACAUCCAAGUGAUGGAGUAUGAAAAAACCUUCAAAACGGACAUUUCUCAAUAUAAAACGCAGAUCAGGACAAGACUAAGAAAUACGGUGUGCAUCAUGUUUUGGUAAAUCCUUUGAAUGGAAUUGAAGAUUCAGGUAUAGCCUUGAAUCCCAAAUAUACAUUUAAUUGGCCAGUGGAAAAGACCCAAGAAGGGCCUCCAGAAGGCAAAUUCAGGGAGACGUAAGCUUCAGGGAAUAGAAAUUUAUUUAGUAGUCAUGAUCAUGAAGUAUAAACUUCCUAUAUUUGAGAGAAUAAUGACAACUUCUAAAAAUAUGAGUUUUGUAUAGGAAACGUAGGAUAUAUAGACUAAAUCUAAGGAGAUAUAGCUGUAACUCAUUAAAAAAUAUACACGUUAAUCAGUCUGUACUGUUGUAAUAUUGUUCUAUACUAGCUGAGUGGGUGAAACAAAAUAAUGUCAAAUGAACCCCCUCUGUGAAGCAGGUGUGAUGAAUGAAAGACAGAUUAUGCUCCAGAUGAAAUUUUCUGAUAUCAGCAUAUUCAAUAACUAACGAACAACUUCAACAUGAAUUUGCACCUUAAAAGGAGUUGAUUUGGUGAUUCCUGCAAAUAGGAAUGCUUUCACAAAGAAGGGCAUUUGGUUGCAGGAAGUAAAAAGCUAAAUACCAGUAAGGGCGGGAUAAGAGGAAAUUCAUGCUUACUGUUACAUGUUUGAUUGUUCCAAAAUGUGUUAUGUAAGAAUUUUAUACAUGUUUGUAUUGUCUGUUGUAAAUGUUAUGAAUAUUUGUUCAGGGCUCACUUUUGGCCAUGAAGAGCCAGACAGUUGUGGAGAAGUUGAGGUGGAACUCCAAUAAAUUCCUUAAAAGUAAACAA